AUGGAGCGAUUCGAAGCUGGAUUCUAUCAGAAGACGACUUUGCACUCGCAUUGGCCAACUGUUGAUUGGCUAUUCGGAAACAGUCUUGAGCAGAUUAUUUUCGAGGCAAACUCUUUAGGAUAUGGUGAAAAUGUGCCCAUUUUUUUGUCCGUCAUCUACCGUCAGCCCACUCUAGCUCCCAUCGCCACCGCGUCUAUCCUGUUUCUAUCUCGAAUACUUUGCAUGUUGCCUAAACAAACUCGGAGAAGACCAGACAACAGGAAGAUCAGUAAAAAGAAGACGACUGGAUCAAGGUGA